AGAAUCACAGAAAACCGAGAAUAAAAGAAAUUGGUGGUUUAAAAGAAACUGAGAAACGAGUCAAACGAGUGCUGGAUGCUGUUUUCAGGCCUGAAGUUCGGUGGUACACAACAGACAUGCAGCAGGUGUUAGUGAGUGAAGAAGAUAUUCUCCCCGAACAGCAGGAAUGGAAUCAGAAUCUGGACCUAAAUGACUCACAUCCUCCAAAUAUUAAAGAGGAACAGGAGGAACUCUGGAGUGAAGAUGAAGAAAAACCACAGUCAUCACAGUUUCAUCAAAGCCAAAAAGAUAAGAGCACAGAAGUGGAGCAUCUCUCCUGCAACUCAACUGAACAUGGAACACUGAAAAUAGAACCUAAUGGAGAAGACUGUGGAGGAUCACAACCAGCCGGCAACUCAGGUCCAUGCAGACAUUUACAACCACAUACUGAUGACAUUCAGCAGUUAUUGGUGAUUAAAGAAGAAAUUCUGUCUGAACAAAAGAAGUGGAAUGUGAGUGUUGACCAGGAGGGCAUUAAAGAAGAACAAGAGAAACUUUGGAUAGCUCAGCAGAGACAGCGGCUUCACCAGCUGGAUGAGGACGACAUGACUAAGUUCACUUUCACUUCUGUCUUUGUGAAGAAUGAAAAUGAUGAUGGAAAACGACAGUCACCACUCGUUCAUCAAAGUCAAAGUGAUGAGAGGACAGAGGCUGAGCCUGUAGCCAGCAUCUCAACUGUACACAAAACACAAGCUGAGGAAGAGCAUGAUGGAGGACCUCAACGAGCCAGCAACUCUCAUCUAAAUGGUUAUUUACAACAUAACGGUGGCUGCUCAGACAAUUCUAAAGCUGAGACUGAUGACAGUCAUGAUUGGAAAAAGAUGAGAGACCUUAGUUCAGGUUGUAACUCUCUGAAAAACAGAAAUGUGUGUGUAAAACCAAGUAGCUGCAGUCUGGGGGAGAAACAACUUAAUUGCUCUGAAUGUGAAAAAAUAUGUGGUCACAUGAACUUUUCAAAGCCACACAAGGAAAAGCAAGGGAGUGAGCAACCAUUUAAUUGCCCUAUCUGGGGUAAAAGGUGGAGAAAAAAGAGCACUCUGGAUGGACAAAUGAGAAUUCAUACAAAAGAAAAACCAUUUGGCUGUCCAGAGUGUGGUAAAAGAUUUGGACAAAAGGACAAUAUGACCAGACAUCUGAGAAUUCAUACAGGAGAGAAACCAUUUGGCUGUUCUGAGUGUGGUAAAAGAUUUAUACAAAAGGGCAAUCUGACCAGGCAUAUGAUAAUUCAUGCAGGAGAGAAACCACUUGCAUGUUCUGAGUGUGGUAAACGAUUUGGGCAAAAUGGCGAUCUAACCAGACACAUGAUCAUUCAUACAGGCGAGAAACCAUUUGGUUGUUCCGCGUGUGAUAAAAGAUUUGGACAAAAGGGCGAUCUGAACAAACACAUGAGAAUUCAUGCAGAACAGAACCCUUUUGGCUGUUCUGAGUGUGGUAAAAGAUUUGGAUAUCGGAGCAGUUUGAUCUCACACAUGAUAAUUCAUUCAGGAAAGAAACCAUUUUGCUGUUCUGAGUGUGGUAAAAAGUUUGUGUAUAGAAGCAGUCUUUGUGCACACAAGAUAAGUCAUACAGAAAAAAAAACAUUUGGUUGUUCUGAGUGUUGUAAAAGAUUUGGACACAAGAGUAAUCUGAUCACACACAUGAAACUUCACACCCAAAAGAAACCAUUUGGGUGCUCUGAAUGUGGAAGAAGAUUUGCACAAAAAGGCAAUCUGAACACACAUGAGAAUUCACACAGGAAAAAAAUGGCUGCUCUGCGUGUGGAAAAAUUUGUACAAAAAGGUAGUGUUACGAUGAAGAUGUGAUUGUCACUACAAACCAUUUGGCUUUUCGCACUAACUCACUGUAGGUACACAGAUGAGGAAAAAUUCUUUAGCGCCCCCCAACCGAAAUUUAUCAUUUUCUUCAAAAUUUUCCCC